UCAGUCGGCCCCAAGAUGGCCACGUUGGAUCAAUGAAACUCGAGUAAAUUUCGUAGUAAAAUAUCCGAAUAAUCAAGUAUUGCACAGGUGUGUCUUGAUGUGUCUGUUGGUUUGUAGUUCGUAAAUGGGAGAUGGGAAAGGAUCAGGAGCUGCUGGAGGCAGCGAGAAGUGGAAAUGUCACUGUUGUGGAGAAAAUACUUGGACAACGAGCGAAAAGGAGUGGUCCACUGGCAAGCUUACGACGAGGACCCGGAGCUAACGUGCAGGAUGCCAGUGGAUACUCAGCACUGCAUCAUGCUGCAUUAAAUGGCCACAAAGAUGUUGUGAAGAUUCUACUUCAGUAUGAGGCAUCGACGAAUGUUGUCGAUGCCAAAGGCUCAUCACCACUUCAUUUGGCAGCGUGGGCUGGUGAUGCUGAUAUCGUUCGUUUAAUUCUGAGUCAAGGGCCAUCCGUACCAAAUGUCAAUCUCGCCACAAAGGACAAUGAAACGGCUCUACACUGUGCCGCACAGUAUGGCCAUACGGAAGUCGUGUCACAGCUGCUGCAGUACGGAUGUGAUCCCAGUAUCCGUAACAGCCGGGGCGAGUCUGCACUCGAUCUCGCAGCACAAUAUGGCAGACUAGAGACUGUUCAACUACUGGUUAGAACUCAUCCCGAGUUGAUCGAGCCCCUGAGAUGUUCUUCCUCAUCCUUGAUCUUCCCUCAUACGCCCCUGCAUUUGGCAUCACGAAAUGGUCACAGGGCUGUGGUUGAGGUGUUACUGGCAUCCGGGGUGGAUGUCAACACACGCACCUCAGCAGGUACUGCUAUGCAUGAAGCAGCCCUGUGUGGGAAAAUGGAGGUGGUAAGGGCACUUUUGGAUCGUGGAGUGGAUCUUGGUAUUCGCGAUUCGAGGCAUAACACAGUUUUGGAUUUACUUGGACAAUUUCCACCUCAUGUUACACACGAUAUCACCGCAGUGAUAAAACGACAUCGAUCGUCUUCCGGAGUGGAGAGUGAUGCGGACAGUGAAAAUUUACCACCGAUACCAGUCCAGGGCAAUGACUCACUGGGUAGCCCCUAUGAGAAUGUUCGUCCUGGCGAUGAUUUAUCUCCUGGUGAAGGAUCGUCACCCACACAGUGGCAAUUUUACCACAAACCUCGGGACGAGGAUCGCCGAGUUUCCGGUACAUCUGUCAUGUCUUUGCAUUUCAGUGAUGACCAGCUGGGUGCCCAGGGAGUUGGGCAGAUGAACGAUGAUUACUCUGAUCCAAGCUCGCUGUUUGAUAGUGUACUAUUGUCAAUGUCUGAUACAAUGACCUCAAUUAAUACAUUCACAAGCUCCGAUCGAACACCCGAUGAAAGACUGUUUAACACAUCUACCAACACAACACCAGUAACAUCUGGUGACACCCUACGGGGGUCUGACAGCGGUCUCUAUCAAACACCACCGGUGCCUCGUUGCACAGAGGGUAGUUAUGCCUCGGAGGAUCUGUCCUUGACAUUGCCCCCGGGACUGAGUGGAAGGGAGUCAGACCAAUUGAGUGUCUCCUCCUCGUCCAGUAUUGGUGGAUCAAGCCGAAGGGACAGGCGUUGUUUGCCAAAUGAUUCUUGUGCCCCUGGUAUAUAUUUGCCAAUGGCACCUCUGUCGAGCUCUCUCCACAGUUCCGCAUCCAACAGCAAAGUCUCACCAACUCCACCGAAAAAGCCACCCCGAAGAAACCUAUCAGUAUCUCCAACACAUCUCCAAACCCAGAUGUCAUUAUCCGCCGAUUGUUCACUGGGUCCAAGCAAUUACGAGUAUUUAUUUUUGGCAAGAAGUGGAGCAAGGAGUCACAUAGAUCUUGAGACCCUUCAGUCCCGCAGGGAUCACUUACGUCACGUAACAAGAAGUGUAGAUCAAUACGUGGACAUGAAGGCUCGUUACAGCGAUGGUAACAAACGGCCAGAGGUCGAGCCAGUGGCAGUUACAGCAGUCUACGGUGAUAAGCUCAUCAAACUGCAAAAUCCACGGCGAAAGCUACGUCGACACGCUGAACGAGCUUACGAGAAUUAUGACUUUGAGAAUACUCCAGGUGUUGAUGUAUCUCCCUGCAGUGAGAGUGCGGUAUCCCAUGACCAGACGUUCGUAUCAAAUGCAUUUCUGACGCUGAAGUCCUCACAGGAGAGUUUACUCGAUGAUAAACGUGAAGGUGAUGGACAAUUGCUCACAGAAGCAACUGACAAAAGAUUGAAGCGCGUUCAGAUGCUAAUCCCAACAAGUCCAACACACUACAUUCAACCACCGACACCGGACCAUCCACCUCCGUCCGCGUUGCAAGCUGAGAAAUCAAUCCACGAGAGAAUUCGUCCGCUGAGUCAAGUUUAUAAACGGCGAUCUCGUGACAUGGAGACAGAAAUCGAGGAGGACUUGCUCCAGUUUCAACCUGGUGGAUCUCUAGAUGCAUCUAGCGGUUCACUCUCAAGUGUAUCAUUGUCAGAUAAGAGUAUGUCCACUGACAACGUCGAGGAGUACUUCGGCGAUGUGCCAUUCGCAGGUUUGCUAAAAGGCUCGGUCACGGCCGAACGGCCUCGCACACUUCGUCGUCUGCGAAACGUUUACGGCCAGACCGCAUGCGGAAUGGGCACCGGUGCAGACACCACUGGUGAACGGCUUGAUGAUGGUAAUGCCGAUGCAUCAAUAAGGCACAUAGAUCGAGAUGAAAAAUCCCUGAGCAUAAUGAGCCCAUUCGACGAGCAGGAGGAAUGGGCAAAAAUAUCGGAGAUCAUGGCGUCAUUCGGUACGGGUUUGGUCAGGGAAUCUGUAUUCGUCAGCGAACUCGAGAAGGAAUUCCAAUCAAGACUCGGAUUCAGUUCGGACACCAGUAGUCCAGUCGUGGUGACAGGUGUUGACCAGUGGCUAUCGAGUCUCGGUUUUGCUGAUUAUGAGUCUUUAUUCGUGAAUUAUGGCUUUGAUGACAUCGAAUUUAUCCACGGAAUCCUGGAGGAGUCAGACCUAAAAGAGAUGGGCAUAACCAGCGAUAAGGACCGAGCGGUGAUAAUGAACGCAUCAGUUCUUCUCCCAAAACGUGUAGAUAAGCACACAUCGAGCCCGCGAAUAGUCGACGAGUGGCUGAAGAUGAUUCACCUGGACAACUACAUCGAGACCUUCAAGAAACACCUCUACACCGACAUGGAGCGAGUGCGGCGAGUCUGGGAGGUAGAACUUACGACAGUUCUCGAGAUCCAAAAACCUGGCCACAGAAAACGCAUCCUGGCGUCAGUGACAGGCCCCAGUCCGCGGGGUCAACCCCGAAACGGCACUGGCCCAAAUCUCGAGGACCUCAACAAAGAUCUGAACACUCUGAAGAGCAAUAUCCAGCAGUUGAAGGAGGAGAUUAGGGAAAAAUUACCGGAGAGUCCGCAGGACAAUGGCAACGUCACUCAGACAACUGUCACGGGGACAAAUGCCGCGACUUCGGGGACAUUGAGACACAGGAAGAAUAGGCCAGCACCUCAGCCACCCCAACGUCCUAAUUCUCAUAAUGGUAAUGUUGCACCUGAACAAUUGGAGAUUCGAGCCCCUUCGGAGCUGCUCUUUGGGGUUCCAACAACGCUGAAGACACAGUGGAGACACCAGCCCAAGGCUCUAGUCACUGGCAAUGUGCAAUAUCUUGCCAAUUACUUGGGUUCCACCGUGGUGAAGGAGCUUCGCGGUACAGAAUCGACGAAAAAAUCGAUUCAAAAAUUGAAGAAAACCUGUCGAGAUCCCAGGGUCAGUCUAGGUAUCACUCUUGCCAUUUCUUACCGAGGGGUUCGGUUCCUGGACUCAGCUACAAAUGAGCCAAUCUGCGAUCACGAAAUCCGCAACAUCCACUGCGCCUGUCAGGAUGCAGACGAUCUCACUCACUUCGCCUACAUCACGAAGGACCACGCGAGUCGCACUCACUUUUGUCACGUCUUUUCUGUACCAACUAUGGACCAAGCGACUGAGGUGAUUUUAACUCUAGGUCAGGCCUUCGAGGUAGCAUAUCAAAUGGCCUUGAGGGAUAAAUUAGGAAAUCAAACGGUGAGAUCCCAGUCUGCUAAUCAAUUGGCAAGUGUUAUCAAUACCACAACGACUGUAAAAACUCCAUCAAACUCAACAUACGAUAAUCCUCAAAAUUCAAAUCCAAUUAUCACCGCUGAUUCUAAAAGCUCAAAAUCUGGUAACACUCAGCAAACGAAUGCAAAUACUUUGAAAUUCAAGUCAAAGCAAAAACAAUCGGAAAAGGCGACAAAUUCAAAUCACAAUUCUCACGUUAAUCCGGGAAACGAGUCAAAUUCACACGGGAUAAGCAUCAGUGUAGCAAGUAAUUGCACCACGGGAAAUUCCAAUGUAAGCACGAAGCCAUUGGUGACCCAUGGUCGUUCGCACUCUGUGAACGACAUAAAAAUUAAUGGGAAUCAGUUGAAGCUUGCACCAACUCCAGUUGAUGAUAUUGGUGUGGGUGUGAAGGACAUGAAAGCAGGUUCUCGUGCACCUAUCGCACUAUCCGAAGAGCUGUAAAUUUCGUCGAGAUAACAUUGGUUAUCCUUUAGCAGCUGUUCGUACGUGAAGAAGAGGAUUGCACUGAGCAAUCUUUUCUUUUUUGCUACCAGUAAUUUUUUUGGAUUUCAAUGGCCAAGCUGUGAUCAAUUAUUUAUAAACACGGAUAUUCAAGUCUUCUAGGUCAUGUGCAGCGAGUUAUUUUUAGUGUAUUGAAAAUGGUGAACGUUUGACGUGUCGUAGGAUUUAUCGAGGAUUUGUGGCUCUUUUAUGAAUAUCUUCGAAGUUCAUUUCAAGAAUCGAUCAUCUCCGGAGCCGAGGUAAGUUGACGAUACUUGAGAUGCAUAUCCACCAAAAUUCAUAUUGAUCAUUGUAUAGCAGUUGGAUAACGCUAUUUUUCGGGACAAACUGGUUGAAUCUGCCAAAUCCAUUGUUUAACAAUUUUUAUUAAAUUCAGAUGAAUACGUAAACAUUCCCAGAUAAUCAGAUUAUUCAAGGUAUAGAACACGAAUGAAUUUCGCAUAAUGCUCAAUAUUACUCUCUUAAUUAUUAGAUGAUAUAUGGAUAAUUCUCAGAUAUUGAGUAAUUAAUUGAUAAAAAAAAUUCUCAAUCUUUCAGAACGAAUAAUUUUCAUUCGUAACGAUCCUUUUCGAUGAUUUUUACAUAGUAAUCAGCCUACUUUUCGAUAUUUAAUCCUCAAAGACUGAGAAUCCUAUUGAACGAAGUCCAAGUAAUUUAUAAUAUUCGUAAUAAUUUAUGAUAUCGACGAAACAAAAAGUGUUUGAACCAUUUGCUAGGUAUUAGUUUAAAUUAAACUCUGAAAAUAUCCCCCCUCCCCCCAAAUAUCGUGGAUGGUAGGUUCGAUGCGAUAUAGUAUUAUCCAAAGAUUAAACCUCGAGUAUAGAUGAUUGUCGAUGAUUAUCGAUGGCAAUCAGAAUGAGGGAGUAAUGAAUUCAUUAAAAAAAUGGAAAAGUCUCACUGAGACUCACGGGUAUGCUUCAGUAGUGUCUGAAGGACUCUUCGAUCUGAACUUGAGAAGGGAGAAAAUUUUUUAUUGUUAAAAAUAAAUCCAGCGAAACGGUCCUAGAAUUUCAAAAGUAGCGAAUGUGCAUUAAAUAUAUUAAAUACUGGAGCAUGAUUACGACUUACAAUUAUGACCAAAAAUAGAGGGAUGGAGUGUUGGGGCUCAUCCAAGAGUAAAAUUGAACGAUUUAGAUCGGUGAAUUAGGAUAUAUAGUUCUAGAAACCAAAGAGGCGUAUUUGAGACAUUUAACCGAAAUGUUCAGAUUAAAUGAGUCAGGUACUCACAGUAAAUUGAAUAAGUUGUACUCGAGGAAAAUAAAAACUGCCAAAUAAAUAAAUAAAUCACCUCCAGUUGUGAAACGUACGCACACGUGUUGCAUUAAAUACAUUCAUCGAAAAUUUUUUGAAAACCAUUGGGGUUUCGUUAUGAAAUUUAGAGUAAGAAAUAGCAGCACUCACCAAAGCAUUCAUAGAAAAUUGUAUACUGUAAAGUAAGUGUGAAGGGAUGAAUACAUCAACAUGCUAGACAUAUUUCUUACAUAUUUCUGACGACUUUCAAUUUAUAUUAGAUUAUUCUCAAGUCCAUUUGAAAUUUCAUAUUGCCAUAGAAUGAGAAUCAAUUUUCUGGGGAAUUAUUCGUUCUACAUCCGUUAUGUUUCUUCGAUCUUUCUCCUGAUUGAUAAUUUUUCUGAGAGUCGUGUACGUGAAGAAGAAAUAAAAACGAGUAGUUGUCGAUCAAAAUAUCACGGACGAUUCUAUCGUGAAAAGUUCUUCUCAUGUACCUUUGCCCGUUCUUGGGAUGAAAUUCGCUCUUGAUUUCUCAAAGAUUCAUCAGACAUUAAAAAGUACCUAGGAGUUAUAGAUGUACGCUCUGUACGAUAGCUAAAUCGUCGCCAAAACUCGGAUGAAUCAGCUCGGCUAUACGAGAUUAACUAAGAGAGACGUUUUACAUUCUCAGAAGACAUCUCCCCAUUCAUAUCCCCUCGGAUCACCGAUUCUCCAUAAAACAUGUUCUUUUGAUGUUGAGUCACUAUCGUAAAUGAAACGUCAUUAACAUCGCGACUCCCUCAGCCUUGAUGCUAUCGAAAUGAAAGGUCAAAACCGAGCUCUUGAAUUUCUUUAAUUUCAAAAAAACUCUUUCACCAACAUUUCCAACUGGUGAAUGCCAAAGUUUCGAGAUAUUUCGACGAGCCCUCCGAACAUUCACGAACCAUUUCCAUUCAUAUCUCCCUAGAAUUCGAAAACACAAGUCGCAAGUGGAUGAAUAAGUAAUUCACGAAUAACACAAUUUCCAUUUACAAAAAUCUCGUAUCCGCGAGCUGAUUCGAGGGUUUGAAUGAUGCAUAUUAUUGUAAUUCAACAUUUAUACAUCGAGCUUGCAUUAAAUAAAUAAAACACUUGGAGAUGUCAUGCGAGGAGAGGAGAACAAUUUGUGUAGUCAUGUGUAGAAAAACUAAAUCGACGAUUAUUUCUUUCAAUAGUGUUUAUCGUAACGACAGCUCAAGGGGGUGUGGGUGCAGUAUUGUUGUGCAUUAUUUCGAGCACAGGAAACAGGGAGUGAAACAGUUUCAGGGUUUAGAAAUGCACAAGUAGGGGAAACAGGGGUUGAAUUGGUUACGCUCGAUAGUGACUCUUUGAGUAGCUGUACCCCCCAUAUUCGCUUCAACCCAAUACAACAGCAAUACGAUUAUUAAACAUCUAUUCUCACCAUCUUUGUCGCGUAUAUCUCGCUAAAGAAUAGUGUAUUGUAGAGGAAAAGUCAUUAUUCAUUGAAAAGCUAUUAUUACUUGAGAAAUAGAUAAUUAAGACGAACUUGCCACUUUCUAUUCUCUACUCGAUAAAAAAAAAAAACAAUUUGUGACAAUAUCUGUACUUCUUGAUGUUACUUGUAUCAUGUAAUUACCAAAAAUUGUUCGUACGUGACAAUUAAAUAGAGUUUAACAGGUGAAUUAUCACGUUUAAUGAUAAUUGAAUUAAAAGGUAUACACUAUGAUGAGAAAUCUAUGACCCAAAUUUGAUUUUUCAACGGCACGAAUGAGAAUUUCGUGUAAUUUAAAAUUGUGAUGGCUGGAGUUUGUGAAUUGGAACACUAGUUCCUAGGAUAUAGUGAUAAAACGAUAUUUCAUAUGUGAAUUAUUAAUCGCGCCGACGCUGGAUGUGAUAACUGAUUGGAAAUACUUGAGGGUUAUGAGAAAGAUAUGAUUGUAGACAGAUAAUGAGAUGA